AUGUCUUUACCAGUCGCCAUUCAGUCGGCCAUAUUCUACUACCUCGCUUGUACGCCAUGUAACGAGAUGAAGGCCUUCCGGAAGGCCAAGAAAAAGGCCAAGGAAGACCGAGAGAUCAAGAGGAAGAUCGAGAUGGAGCAGCCAGGGCUGUACCGCCAUCCGGAUCCCUUCCACACCAACCCCUUCUGGGCCGAGGAGAUGGCUGCCGGUCCCCACCUACCCAAGAAGUCGGUAGGCAAGAACCCGAGCCAGAGAGGCCUGGCGAGUGCCGGCAGAACGAGCACCGCCGCGAGUUUUGGGCACGCCAGCACCGUCGCCGAGAGCACCAUUCCCGCCACACCGACCACAAGCGCCGAGACUGCCCGGAAGCUCUCUGGCGAUGCUUGGGACAGGGCCCUGUACCAGCGAGAGGACGAGGAGUUGUGGGGCCACAACCUGACCGGGAUGGGCCACAAGCUCAUGGACAACAUCGCCAAGGCAGGAAACACCGCGGGCCGCUACGUCGAGGAGAAGCUGGGACUCGAAAAGCCCGUCACGGACGAGGACCGCGAGAACUUUUACCGUACGCCGAGAAACCCCCCCGUCAACGAAUACCACCCGCCCAUCGUAGGGAGCAAACCCUCUCGCCCGGACGCCCUCAAGUGGAUGUUGCAACCGCCUCCGCCGGCCAAACUUAUGGAGGGUCGCGUUCCCGUUGCUCGCACCGGGAGUACUAGCACUAUCGGGAGCAGGAGGACGAUGGCAUCCGAAGAGCCUCCCCUGGACAGAUUAGUCCGCGAAAAGGCGCUCAGAAAGAGGCUACGACAAGGGGAGAAGCCUCGCCUAGAAGAAACUCCUUCGGAGUCGGAAUUGAUCGACUCGCUUAUCGGCGGACGGUCCCGGAGGACCACCGUUUCGAGCAGGGGCAUGUCCACUCGCAGCCGAAGUCUCUCACUCGAAUCUGAAGUAUCUUCGGACGGCGAACUGGUGGAACGGCGGCGAAUCGCCCGUGCCAGGCGCGUUCCCAUGACCCCCGAGGAGACUUCUUCGGACGAGGACGACUUUGUCCAGCACCGCACCUGGGACUCGCUCGGAAAGUCAAGUCCUCAACGGCGGCCCAAGCUGGAAACGAUUCGUAGCUCUCGUUCCACCACAAGACAGGCAUUAAAGGCACGGCCAAACGGCACCAAGCCCGAUGCUGUGAGCAAAGACAACUCUGACAUCACACCCAAAGCGUCGGCCAACCCCAUUAUCGUCCUUAAAGUCGACGAAAACACACCGACCACUGUCACCACUCCCAUGGCAGUAUCAUGA